GGUUCUCUUUGUUCUCCCGCGUUACGCGAUCGCUAAUUUCUUUUUUUCCCUUGUACUAGAUUCAAGGCGCCGGCGUGUUUGACCGUCGUCUGGCUGCAACAAACCCCCAUGAAGAACUCAUGGAAGAACAAUCUGAAUUGCAGCGUAAACUUUCAAGAAGGUCCUCAAAAAAUACAUCAGCAAGGUCUUUAUGGAAAAGAAAAUCCACAAAGAAGACCGCCGCAGCACUAGCUACAGCCGCUGGACCUGCACUUAAACACCUGGACCUGCAAUCUUCUCAAUCUCUAGUCUCUAUGGACUCAAAACUCGCAAACGACAUUUCAGACGAAGACCACGAUUUUUCUGCUUUCAUCUCUCGUUCAAUAAUCCCAGAUCCUCUAGGUGAACUACCAGCUUGGUUCAAGAAAGAGAACGGCAUGGCUGCUGCAAACACUUCAUCUUAUAGGAUAAAAUAUCCUCUGCAUAAUCCAACAGGUCCCAAGUGGUACAAGAACUACCACCUUAUUCCCCCUGCUCAGCUCAAUCCUAGUAAUCGUCCACCGUCCGUCUUCUCUCCUUCAUUUCCACCAAUGGCUUCCACUCUCAACGACCGUUCAGAGGACUCUAUCCGCUUGCCUGGCCCGAGCCGCACUCCCUCUGGCACUUCCCUUCAAACUCCCUCUUCCUCUCAGAUUCGCAUACCAGAAUCAGGUGGUAAACCUCGCAGCAGAAAAACUUCACAGGAUAAUGCCGAUUUGCUCGACGCCUCUGACCCCUGGGGUACUCACUGGCAUCACCAGUCCCCGUACGAUACAGGCACGAAUAUAAGUCCCGUCUCAGUCGACCCUCCCGAGGGUCGCUCUCGUUCUCGUUUGUCAAGCAUGAAUGGCACACCGACUCGUCGUAAGACAGUCACCCCGUCUCCAUUAUCUCAAUCUACAUCCGCACUGCACACACAACCAUCUGAGCCGAACAUCACCCGUAAACUGAGUAAACGCCGAAAACCCGUGUUGGGCAACCUGUUCAAUGGACAGGACUCGUUACAAGUGCCGGAUACAUCUGCGCGUCGUCACUCCACUAUCUUGCCCACCUCCGUGCCUAAUACAUCUACUGUAGCUCUAUCAACGCAUUCCUCAAAGAAGGAGCGACGAACAAGUGUCUUAGGUCGACUGGUGAGGAAGUUCAGCAUGUUGACCAAGUCUACUCAAGACGUGGGACCUACCAUCAGCGAACGAGCAGAGGAUGAAGUUGCUGCACCUUCUGAGCCUCGCCGCUCUUUUUUCUCCCAACGACAGCCUUCUCCAGAGAAGACGUCGAUGGAGAAGAAGCACUCGGAUCCAUCCAAGCGUGUACCGCCGCCACAGAUAGAAAUUGACUUACAGACAACGGAAGGGUUGGGUCCUUCGCCAGAAUUGGAGCGCGAGAUACCCGACUAUCGGUCGUCUAUCUCGUUGGAGGUGCCAUUUUCGCCUGGACGGUUGACGAUAGCAAACCCAGAUGCGCCCAGUACGGGAGGGAGUACGCCGAUCAGGCUAAGCCUUGCGUUGCCGCCUGAGGACUCGCCUCACAUAAGUGUUUCACCGCUACUACAGCCCGUGCAGCACCGUCACGAUAGGAACCCCAGCAGGGAGUCGGUGGCUCAUCCCACUAGCAAGACAUCGCCUGUCAAACGCAAAAGCCCUGCACCUGCACCUUCACUCUCUGUUCCUGAUGCGGUUCGCUCUCCCGCGAGCGUUCAGUCACUACCACCGUUAUCCACCCAUCGCCGCGCCCCGUCUAUUCCCUCGUUGUCGAUGGGCCCGUCUUCCUUGUUGACCUCGCCCGUGGCAGCCCCGGAGGUCAAAACAUUUCAUGCUUACUCCAUCGCCACCGCCGCCAUUAUAUCAACGUCGGAUGACUCGCCCUUGUCCAGGGCAUCAAUCCUUGUCAACCCACCCACACCACAUAACCCUGACGAGUUACACGCGGACCUUCCGUUUGAAUUGCCUGAAAUCGAGAGGGUACCGAGCAAGGCACCCUCACGGGAGACAUCUCCCGUCAAGAAGGGUGAUGGUGAAGUACGCAUGGCCAAGUCAAACUCCACGACGAGCCGGAAGACGGAGACGUUCAGGUUGGUGAGGAACCCGUCUGAUAAGGUUUCAUCGUUUGAUAAUACUAUCACUGCUGAGGGUGAGCAAUGGACUGUCGUCAAUUCUUCUGACGCUCCUCGCCGGAGGCGGACAAAGGAGAAGCCUGUAGAAAAGAGCGAAAGGGUGGAAAGGGUAGAAAAGCCAUCGUCGCGGUCUUCAGCGAAUUACCACGAGAGCGAGAGGGUCGAAAAGCCGUCGUCGCGGUCAUCGACGAAGGAUCGUGAGAGCAGUAGGAGGGAUCAACGAAGGCAGGAUAAAGCUGCUCAUGAAGCUGUUGAGAACCAGGGACGUGCGGGUAGUAGUAGUCAAGGUCAAACGAAACGGGCGAAACCAGAAACAGCCGACUCCGGCACCCUCUUGGAACGUCCUUCGCGAGCGCGUAGUUUCGAUACCACCUCCCGUACGAGCGUUAAUCAGCCGAUGGUGUUUAUGCUUCAAGGCGAGCCACCUCGUCAGCGCAAGAGCGAUGACCGGCCACGCGACUCCUACAACCCAAAGCCCAUCCGACCUGGUCCGAGUCCUAUUUCUGGCAUCGCACAUGUCGAACGCAUGCCUUCAAACACAACCCGUCCAAUUUCGGAACUCCCACCUGCUGCAGAUAUCAAUGCCCUUCGCGCACGCGAGGCAUGGGAAAUGGAUCGCUUAUGGAAAGGCAGAAGCAUGAAUCACCAGGAGUCCAACAUGAUUGCCUCGCCGUCCAGUCGCGAUUCACCGCAGGUCAACGGAGAGUUCAGAGUAGAUGCCUCUGGGCACGGUUCGAGUCACACGUCGUACCUCGUUCAGCCGCUCCAAGCACAUCCUAUGCCCGCGAGCGUGUUUUAUGCCAAUAUGCCUUCUGCGCCUCCCCCAAUUAUCUACACUGCCUCGUCUCCGUAUGGACAGGUGCUUCAUCAGGCCUCCCACCAGUCUGUUUACCGAUCCCUCCACAACUCUUUCACGUUCCCUUCUACAGAGCCCCCAGCAGACUCCCCUUCUCGCCAGAACCCUCUACCACACCCCCCGCGUGAAUCAUCCUAUCAACCCGCAUACUUGUCAACCCUUGCAGAUCGAGGCAGUGGAACUUCCUUGGAUUAUUGGACGAACAAGUAACUUACCCACUCGUACCCUCACCUUGAUAUACCACACUGCUCAUGCUCAACAUCACGCAUUUCAGCGUUCAAAUACAAGUCCUAAUUUAGAUCAUACUGCAAUCUGUUUUUCUUCAUUUCUUCAGUGCCCUCAGGGCUUUGUGAUUAGGCGGAUGUUCUUUUUUCAUUCACUCUGUCUUACUACUCACUUGUUAUUGAUUUGGACUGGAAACAUUUUAUGUACCAGCUCGAUUAAUUGAGCGCAAUGCUUCGACUACUAUGUAUUUACAAUCAUGAUUUCCUCACUCUUUGUAAAGUAUGAAAACGAUCGAAUUUCGUUAUAAGUACAAUUCGCUUUGAUA